AGUGACAUGACGUUUUAAAUAUGUCGUAAAUAUAACCUGAUGAAAUCUUUUGACGUUAAUAAUAAUUAAACUUUAUAAUGUAAAAAAUAGAAAUCUUGAGAUUAAGAAAUGAAGAAAUUGACCGGUUCGUUCCGUUAUGCCCAAUGGGACCCUUGGUUAUUAAUAUCACAAAUUGUGUGCAUGCAAUGUGUAUUGUACACUAGUUUGGGGUUGUUACUAACUAUUUUGGGUGGUUUAACAAGUGAUACAAGAACGUUGGAUCAUAUUUUUGAGUACCAUGAGAUUCAAAUCAGAGAUUUAGGAGGUAAACUAGUGAUAUUUGCUUUUGUAAUAAAUGCCUUGGUGGGAGCUGUUGCAUUGUGGUUUAUAGUUGAAAGAACUAAGCAGUGCUUAGAUUUUAGUUGUACUUGGCAUUUGUUUCACUUGAUCGUUUGUUGGUGUUAUAAUGGGAGUUUUCCCACAACCUUUUCAUGGUGGUUAUUAAACAUAGCGUGCGUAAGUCUUAUGUGUGUAUGUGGGGAAUUUUUGUGCCUCCGCUCGGAGUUACAGGCAAUUCCUUUGAGUUUAGGUCCAAAAACUGAUUUAUAAUCAUAUUAAUGUAAUUUUUAUACUGUAAAUUAAAUGUAAUUUGUUACUUUAUUAUAAUAUUUAUUACUCAAUGCUAAAAAUAUUGUAUAAAAACAUAACUUUAUGAU